CAAGGGAAUAGUUAGUGAACAUGUUGGAAAAUAUGGUCAUAUGGAAAGGUUCAACCUUUAGGCCAUAUUAUGGUUCAUGACAAAUUCUCCUAAUUGAAAGGAACUGAUGAGAUAUCAUUGGUCCCAUAUGGCAAAUUCUUUCUGAACCCCAGUCGCUCUUGGCACAGGUUUAUAAGGGGAAGUAUUUUUUCAAUUGGGACUUUUCUCAUUAAUUCUGCCCCGGUCACGUUGGUCGUGGACUCGUGGGGAUGUCAAAGUGUUGUCUAUGGCUGACAGUUGUUGGUCACAGGUUUUUGUUGGCAGAUUGUCAAUGGUCGAUCUGCUUCUUUGCUUCACUCUAGUUGGAUUCAUCACCUACACCUCACUAUCCCUGUCUAUAAUCCUCAGGUACUCCCAAAUGGGAAAGACCCAAAGGUGGCUGAGGUAAUUUCCCCAGGGGGUGGGCAGUAGUGUGAACAUAGGAUGAGCCAGUGGAUUGACCCAGCUACUUGUCGAGCAAUCAAAACUAUUACUCUCUCUUAUGACGAUGUGGAGGACGGGUUGAUAUGGCAUGACACAACCGACGAGAUUUUUACUGUUAAGUCAGCCUAUCAUCUGGCAGUUUUAUUGUACAAGCAAGGUGGUUGAUGGCGAUCUAUGGCUAGUUGGAUGGAUCGAUCUAGAUGGAUCAGUUUGUGGGAAGCUCGUUUCCGCCUUAGUUAAAGGUGUUUCUAUGGCAGCUUUUCCAUAUGAUCCUUCCAACGACAGAAGCUCUUAUUGAAAAGAAGGUUCAAGUGCUCUCUAGAUGUCUCGUCUGUUGGGCUGACUCGGAAAUGUGGAGCAUUUAUUUCUUGAGUGCCCCAUAGCUCGAGCUUUAUGGAAUCAUUCUAGAUUGGAAUACCUUGGCAUACUUUUCCGCUAUUCCUUAAAAAGUUGAUAUUGUUGAUAAAUCAGCCCCAAUUGCUGAUGGCGGUUGUAGUGAUUCAUUGGCAGAUUUGGAGAUCCCGUAAUUGGGUUGUAUUUGAAGGCAAAAAAUAUGGGAUUUCAAUUUUGAUGCGUCAAUUCCAUCAACAAUACCAAGAAUGGAUCAGUUCGCCCCUAGAUCCUAACCUGCGGUUGUCAGUCCCUCAAGCAAGGGAGGCCAGGCUUCCUAAUACCAUGGUCUGCAUGUGGGAUGAGGCCACAAAGAGUGAGUCCCACUCUGCCGGGGGAAUGAUUAUCAUGGACCAAGGGGGCGCCUCCUAAUGGCCAGAGGGGUUCAGUUUCCGGAUAUCUAUGAUCCGAUGGCUGUUGAACUGCUUGUCCUCCGAGAGGCCAUUGUGUGCUGUCUGGAUCUUGGACUCACGGAGGUUUGCUUUGCUGGGAACACGAAGGUGGUCAUUGAUAAGAUCAAUGGGGCGGAUACUAGGGAUAGUCUCACUAGGAUAAUCCUUGAAGAGGUCGUCCGUAUUUUCAUGUGCGAUUUGUAGGUCGAAGUAGCAAUAGGGUAGCCUAUCCGAUGGCUAAAAAAGUCCUCUUUUGUACUCUACUACGUGUCGUCUAUUUGAUUUUCUGGUCUGUCUGAACUCCAGGAUGUAAUGAUCUUUUGUUCUAAUCAAUAUAUGAUUAUUUUUUGUAAAAAAAAAGAGAUAUCAUUGGUUUUGAAUCUCAAGUUAACGGGUUCGAAUUAUAUAAGUAGCAUCUAACUUUAAAAAUAAAAGUCUAUAUCACUUUUAUAAAAAAAAAAAAAACUCAUGAGAUAUCUUGAAUAAUGGUGUUAAUCUUUUUGCUUUGUACGAACAAUUGUUAGAAACAUGAAUUAACAUUAUUAUUGAUAUUUAGUAAGAAGUCCUUUGGUAGGUUUACCAAACUUUAAGAUCAUACCUCUACAUAUAUGCCAACAUUUUAUUGGUCUCUUUUUAUUUUAUUUUUUUUAACUCAUUCUCCACCUAUUUCAUGUCUUCCUAUUUCUUUCAGGUAAAUGCAUAUUUGGUCAUUAAAAUUACUAAAUCGUGUCAUGUUUAGUCACUAGAAAAAUAUAAUAUCAAUUUUGGUCACUCGAAUUACUGAAACUAGUCACAUUUAGUCACUCUCCCGUUAGCCUCCGUCCAACUCCAAUCACUCGAAUUAUGAAACAUGUCACAUUUAGUUACUCGAAUUACUGGAACAUGUCACAUUUAGUCACUCUCCCGUUAGUUUCCGUCCAAAUCCAUUAAUGGAGUUGGACGAAAACUAACGGGAGAGUGACUAAAUGUGACAUAUUCCAGUAAUUAGAGUGACCAAAAUUGAUAUUAAAUUUUUCCAGUGACUAAACAUGACACAAUUUAGUAAUCUCAGUGACCAACUUUUAUAUAAUUUGAGUGACCAAACGUGUAAUUUAGCCAACAAAGGCUAAAUUAUUUCGCUCGAGACCAACUUUCAUAAACUUACUCAAUUAUUUCGCUCGAGGCCAACUUUCGUAUAUAAUUUUGGAUUUUUACUCAUCUCUCUUGCUCGAUGUCGAAGGAAGUUCACGAUAAAAUCCCUCGCUCCCAAUAAAAAAGGAUAAAAGUGACAUAUGAAACAUAGAAACCAAAUACCAGGUUCUUUCUUUGGUCUUUUCCUUCCGCUUUUGUUGAUUUUUGCAUAUUCUCUAUUUCUCCUUUUUUUACAUCUUAGUUGAAAAUCCAUGUAAAUUCUAAGUUUAUUUUCUUGUUUGUGGGCUGAAUAGAUACAUAAUUAGUUAUCUCUUUAUUCUUUUCCAUUCGUAAAUUCAUAAAUUAAUAGUUGUCGAGCUCUAUAUCAAAUUGGUUCUUUUUAUAUAGCCGUUCUUCAGGAGAUUUUGAAGGCUAAAUUAUUUCGCUCGAGACCAACUUUCAUAAACUUACUCAAUUAUUUCGCUCGAGGCCAACUUUCGUAUAUAAUUUUGGAUUUUUACUCAUCUCUCUUGCUCGAUGUCGAAGGAAGUUCACGAUAAAAUCCCUCGCUCCCAAUAAAAAAGGAUAAAGGUGACAUAUGAAACAUAGAAACCAAAUACCAGGUUCUUUCUUUGGUCUUUUCCUUCCGCUUUUGUUGAUUUUUGCAUAUUCUCUAUUUCUCCUUUUUUUUACAUCUUAGUUGAAAAUCCAUGUAAAUUCUAAGUUUAUUUUCUUGUUUGUGGGCUGAAUAGAUACAUAAUUAGUUAUCUCUUUAUUCUUUUCCAUUCGUAAAUUCAUAAAUUAAUAGUUGUCGAGCUCUAUAUCAAAUUGGUUCUUUUUAUAUUGCCGUUCUUCAGGAGAUUUUGAAGGCUAAAUUAUUUCGCUCGAGACCAACUUUCAUAAACUUACUCAAUUAUUUCGCUCGAGGCCAACUUUCGUAUAUAAUUUUGGAUUUUUACUCAUCUCUCUUGCUCGAUGUCGAAGGAAGUUCACGAUAAAAUCCCUCGCUCCCAAUAAAAAAGGAUAAAAGUGACAUAUGAAACAUAGAAACCAAAUACCAGGUUCUUUCUUUGGUCUUUUCCUUCCGCUUUUGUUGAUUUUUGCAUAUUCUCUAUUUCUCCUUUUUUUUACAUCUUAGUUGAAAAUCCAUGUAAAUUCUAAGUUUAUUUUCUUGUUUGUGGGCUGAAUAGAUACAUAAUUAGUUAUCUCUUUAUUCUUUUCCAUUCGUAAAUUCAUAAAUUAAUAGUUGUCGAGCUCUAUAUCAAAUUGGUUCUUUUUAUAUAGCCGUUCUUCAGGAGAUUUUGAAUGCUAAAUUAUUUCGCUCGAGACCAACUUUCAUAAACUUACUCAAUUAUUUCGCUCGAGGCCAACUUUCGUAUAUAAUUUUGGAUUUUUACUCAUCUCUCUUGCUCGAUGUCGAAGGAAGUUCACGAUAAAAUCCCUCGCUCCCAAUAAAAAAGGAUAAAAGUGACAUAUGAAACAUAGAAACCAAAUACCAGGUUCUUUCUUUGGUCUUUUCCUUCCGCUUUUGUUGAUUUUUGCAUAUUCUCUAUUUCUCCUUUUUUUUACAUCUUAGUUGAAAAUCCAUGUAAAUUCUAAGUUUAUUUUCUUGUUUGUGGGCUGAAUAGAUACAUAAUUAGUUAUCUCUUUAUUCUUUUCCAUUCGUAAAUUCAUAAAUUAAUAGUUGUCGAGCUCUAUAUCAAAUUGGUUCUUUUUAUAUAGCCGUUCUUCAGGAGAUUUUGAAGGCUAAAUUAUUUCGCUCGAGACCAACUUUCAUAAACUUACUCAAUUAUUUCGCUCGAGGCCAACUUUCGUAUAUAAUUUUAGAUUUUUACUCAUCUCUCUUGCUCGAUGUCGAAGGAAGUUCACGAUAAAAUCCCUCGCUCCCAAUAAAAAAGGAUAAAAGUGACAUAUGAAACAUAGAAACCAAAUACCAGGUUCUUUCUUUGGUCUUUUCCUUCCGCUUUUGUUGAUUUUUGCAUAUUCUCUAUUUCUCCUUUUUUUUACAUCUUAGUUGAAAAUCCAUGUAAAUUCUAAGUUUAUUUUCUUGUUUGUGGGCUGAAUAGAUACAUAAUUAGUUAUCUCUUUAUUCUUUUCCAUUCGUAAAUUCAUAAAUUAAUAGUUGUCGAGCUCUAUAUCAAAUUGGUUCUUUUUAUAUAGCCGUUCUUCAGGAGAUUUUGAAGGCUAAAUUAUUUCGCUCGAGACCAACUUUCAUAAACUUACUCAAUUAUUUCGCUCGAGGCCAACUUUCGUAUAUAAUUUUGGAUUUUUACUCAUCUCUCUUGCUCGAUGUCGAAGGAAGUUCACGAUAAAUUCCCUCGCUCCCAAUAAAAAAGGAUAAAAGUG